AUGCGGUUCAAGGCGAUUCUCACGACGGACGGAGUGUCGCUCCUCGAGCAACGCCACCUAAUGGCCUUAGAGCAAGCAGGCAAGGCACGCCCUUGCUUCCUGCCGGCCUUUGAGCGCAUAGGGCGGGUGUGCCACGUGUACCUCACACCGUCUGACGUCUUCCUCCUGCACAACGUGCUCUCUGCUGAUGGCGUGCAGGCCAUCGCGCAGUUCCCCACUGCCGAGCUAUUCUCAGAGCAUCUCAUCAGCAGCGCCAGCGCCGACCGCAUUGCCUUCUCGCUCGACCUCUCGCUGCUCGCCCGCGCCCUGCGCUCCUCCCUCGCCACCGCUGCCACGCGCCACCAGCUGAAGCUCGUCAAGAAGAGCACUAACCCCACUGCGCCCGCGCUGCCCUUCCUGUCUCUUGAAGCCAAGGGCGAGCGCUCCAGCAUAGUGCAGGACAUCCCCAUCUCGACGCCGCUGCCGCGCUCGCAGCUGAUUGAGCUGCAGGCUGGGAUCGACCUCGUGCACUCGCUGCCUGAGACCCUGGUGUGGCUGCCAGACCUGCCGUGGCUGCGGAAGCUGGUGGAGCGCCUGCAGAGGAUAGGCGGCGUGAUCCUCCCGUUACUGCUCUCCCAUUCCUCUCCUUCCUCCUCUUCCAGCCCCCCCACCCCUUCAGACCCUGAUGCAGCGCAGCUGCCGGAUCUGCCCUCGCUGCGCCACCUGGUGGGGCGCGUGCAGAGUGUGGGUGUCGUGGCUUCAGGCGGGUCACAACAAUACACUAGUGCCCUGCCCUCAAAUCGCGACGUCCUCCCUGUUCUCUUCUCACUCACCUUGCCCCCUCCCCCACCAUGCCAUCAACCUUGGCAGACCUGGGUGCAACUGCCUGUCCCCCUGCGCCACCUGGUGGAGCGCCUGCAGAGUGUGGGCGAUGUGGCGAAGGAAACCGGCCCUUUCCCUUGCCCUCCCCACCCUCUUUUCUUCCAGACCCUGGUGCAAUUACCAGAUCUGCCGUUCCUGCGCCACCUGGUGGAGCGACUUCAGAAUCUUCCCUCGCUACGCCACCUCGUGGAGCGCCUGCAGAGUGUGGGCGACGUGGCUGACGUGGCAACGAUGAGGAGCGGUGCGCUUGCCAUGCGCACCCACACGCCCUCCAUCACUGUUGCCGCCCAGUUCAAGAACCUCAAAGUCUUGGGGGCUAAUUCAGCUUCUCGUCCCUCUCGUAUAUCCUCUGCAGUCCACACCGCGCCCUCAGUGAGUGUAAAUCACCCCCUUGUGCGGUGCCAUCUCAUCCCUCUGCCUUCCGUGCCAUAUCCCCCUCACCCCCAUCUCACCCUACUACCAUCCCUCUCACACAUCUAUCCCCCCGAGCAGUCAGUGAGUGUGAAGCAUCUCGCCCGCAGUCUGCAGUGCUACCUCACCCGCCCCGAUGCCUCCUACUGCGGGUGGUGGUCGGUGCCGCAUCUCACACUCACUCGCAUUCGUUCGAGGAACAACCUGCCUCGCCCAACAGCCCGGAGCACCGCCGACCCUCCUUAA